AUGAAUGAUGAUGAAGAUGAAUUCAAAGUUCAAUCUAUAGCUGACGUUAAAAAUAAAUACAAUUUUGUUUCAAAGUACUUGCUAAGCUUCAUAAGUUUCUUCUUUUCAACUAUAUUUUGUACAAUACUAUGUACUGGGGCGAUUUUCCAACAAUUAAUUGAUAAAAUUAGGGGUAAAUCCAAAAUAAUACUACCGGAUAUUGAAAUAAGAAGUAAUGGAUAUAUACCAAGACAAGCUUAUGAUGAUAUGACAAACCUCAAAACAAUAGAUGAUUUACAAUACUACCUCAAACAAUUAAAAUUAGACUUGGAAGAAUAUGAAGUUACUACACCAGAUGGAUUUAUUCUAACAUUACAUCAUAUAAUAAAUCCGACAGAACUGCAACAACAAAGAGAUGAAAGAAAACCUAUGUAUAUGCAACAUGGAUUAUUAUCAUGUUCAGCAACUUGGAUAGUAAGUGGUAAAAAUUCAUUAGCUUAUUAUAUGUUUGAAAAUGGUUAUGACGUAUGGCUAGGUAAUAAUAGAUCAUGGUUUGAAGCUAAACAUGCUACAUUAAAGGGUGAUUUAUACAAUAGUGAAAAAUAUUGGAAUUGGAGUAUAAAACACUUAGCUUAUUAUGAUUUACCAUCUUUUAUUGAAACUGUGCUAAGUAUGAAACCUAAACAUGAUAAACUAGUGUUGGUGGGACAUCUGCAAGGUGGAUUACAAAGUUUCUUAAUGUUGAAAAAUCCAUACUUGAGUUAUAUUCAUGACAAGAUUGACUUUUUUAUACCCAUUGCACCCGCUAUAUAUCCUGGAAGGUUAUUUUAUACAAGAUGGUUCAUUUCUAUAGUUAGUACAUUACCAAAACUAGCUUGGUUGAUAAUGUUUGGGUACCUGGCCAUACUACGUAAUUUAUGUUUAAUGAGAUUAUACUUGUGUCAAUAUUGGAUAUUUGGUAAAUUAUCAUACUAUAUGUUUUAUUAUUUAUUUAGUUGGAAUGGAUCAAAUUGGGAUCAAGAUAGAAAAAUUUGGCAUAUUUUAUUCAUUUUUAAUAUGAGUUAUGUUUCAGUUGAUUUGUUUCAGUUUUACUUAGGGAAGUUUAAUCAAUUUGGAUUUAUGCUGACUUUAUUACCUAAAGAAGUUUAUAUGAAUGAUGAUGAAAUUGAUUAUUUUGUUGUUGAUGCAAAAAGAAACUUAGAGGAGAUAACUGAAGAGAAUAUCACGGAAAGUGAUAAAUCAAAUGAACCACUACUGAAGCUGUAUUUCCCAUAUAACAAGACUUGGUUUACUGAAAACAUUAAAAAGGUCCCCAUGCUACUAGUUCUAGGAGACAAUGAUUACCUAGUGGAUGGUAAAAGACUACUAUCGCACAUGUUAAAUUUUGAACCAGGUUAUACCAAAUACAAGAAUUUUAAUUUUAUCAAUGUACCGACUUAUAAUCAUUUAGAUGUAAUAUGGGCAAAAGAUGUUAAUGGUUCUAUAGGGUAUGAGAUAUUAAAAUUUAUCAAAGAUAUUGAGAAUGAACAAGAAUUUAACGAAGCUAUGGAAUUAAAAUUAGAAUAA